CAGGAGCGUAAAUAACCAUGAGUUUAAAUUGCGACGAGCAAAUAGCAGACAUUCUGGAUGAGAUUUAUACUUGGCUCGAUCAAAUACCGUUCUCUCGGCCAAGAAAAAAUCUCGCUCGAGAUUUUUCCAAUGGAGUAUUCAUGGCCGAGUUGUUGAAGCAGUAUUACCCGCGGCAAGUAGAUCUCCACAACUACUCCUCCAGCAGUAGUCUUUCAAAGAAGGUCGACAACUGGCGGACACUUAACCGAAAAGUUCUGUCGAAAAUCGACCUCAAGCUGUCUGACAACAUGAUCUACCAGAUAGCUUCAGUCCAGAACAAAGCGAUAGAAUUCCUCCUCAUAAAGCUGCGAUCGAGGAUCCUGAAGGAUUGCAACGAUGAAAGGAGGUCCUUGUACACCGCCAGUGACACAGGAAAAUCCAACAACGAGGUUGACUCUGUUCUGGACAUGGAUGAGGUGCAGAACAGGAAAAUUCCACGAUCAGCGUUUCUGAAACUGAAGCAGGAGCUGCAAGAGAAGAAGGACAUGCUGGUGAUGUUGGGGGAUAAGGUGUUCCAUCUGGAGAGUUUAAUUAAACUGAAGGAUCAGAGGAUAGCAGACCUGUCGACUCAACUGACGAGACUUCAGAAAUAA